AGGCGAGCGUUGCCGCUUUAAGAGCACCUAACUUUCACUUUGAAAAUUUGCUGCACGCUGAUUUAGUUUCGGGGUUGCCGGGGUCGGGAAGCAGAGCCGGUCUCUCCUCACUCUGCACUAGAUGUGUGGACAAGCUCAGAAUCGCCUUAGCCGGUUCCGCUUCACCUACCCGCCCCUUCCCCCCGAAACAAUCACCGAUGCAAUCAGUCGCUCCCCGACCCAGAGCCCGGUAGUGGCUGGUAUAAAACGAUAGGCAGUUUCCACUCUCGGGAGAGCCUUGCGAGACAGGGAAGGGAAGGUGGGGAGGAGGAGGGGGUUGAAUUCUCUGCUCGUUGAACACACACUCACUUCUAACCCUCGCCUUGGAAUUAUUUUGUUUUGUGUUUGCCUUCGCCGUUUUGCAAAAUGUUCUUCCUCGUCGACCCAACUCGCGUUUGAGGCAGCGGCUAUAAUUAAUGCGCACCGCUCGAGUGCAAAAAUUCGAAUACAUAUCUCCUGUUGCAGAAAAAAAAACCAGCAACCUUUUUUUUACCAAUGGCAAGAUCGCAGACCUCAAUCUCGUUUUGACUCCGCCUUCCAACACACUGGUUGAAACCCCUGUGUGUGAGACCGAGCGCACAGUCAGCCAACAACCCGACCGACGGAUUUACCAACACGAGAAGUUCAAAUCCCAGGUCUAACUCUGGAAGUUUUCUUGUCUCUUGCCCCACCAACUCUUAAUUCGAGAAAUACAUCUACAGAUUUCUGUUUUACUGAGGGGAUUUUUUAUUCGUUUCGUUUUUGUUUUGGAUUCUGCGCGCGUUUAUUCCAACGAAGGAGGAAAAUUGGAUUUUCUUUUUAAUUUUCGUAACAUUUAUUUAUUUUUCUUUUGUUCUAAUUUUGAGAAUAAGUUGUAGACUUUAAGGAGACGAUCGACCCUAUCCCUGCAAUCGAAGAGAGAAAAAACCCGGCAGCAGCUGUUAAGGAGAAGCGGCGCCUCUCUGUGUGAGCGAGAGAGAGAGAGAGAGAGAGAGAGAGAGAGAGUCUGAACGGUUCACUUUUCCCUCUGCAGAAUUUGCCCUCGUCAACUCGGCACUUUUUCGCCGGUGAAGAGGCGAGGGACACACGCACGAGCAAAUUCGAAGGAUCAGUCAUCGUUUGGGGAUGUUACAUUGUGUUUAAUCAAGGCAACAAGAUCAGGGAGAUCAGAAAACUCAACAUUGCACACGGGAGAUUUACCUUGUCGGGUCUUUGACAUUUAGCAACAUUUCGUGAUAUUGCAACAGGAACUUUUUUUCCCCCCACCUUUUACAAUUCUGCGAAACCGGCCAGCUAAAAUCGCAGACUCAACGAUGACUGUUACAGACGCGUAGCGCCCGAAAUAUCCAAUUAUAUUUCCAGAAUCUUGAAGAAGAAAAAUCAAGGAAUCUCGAUUCUUGUGGGAUUUAAUUUAACAGCAACCAUGAACUCUCUCCUUAGUUUUCUCAACUGUCUGCUCGCUGCUCUCUUGUAUUUUCACAGUGCGAAGAUGGCACACAUCCCCAACGAUGGACUUCGGAGGAACGAUGUCAUAAAGUUCAUGGAGGUGUGGAGAAAGAGCUACUGCAGGCCGAUAGAGACAUUAAUAGACAUCCUGCAUGAGCACCCCGAUGAGGUGGAGUUCAUCUUUAAGCCCUCCUGCGUGCCUCUGAUGAGGUGUGGCGGAUGCUGCAACGACGAAAGCCUCGAGUGCGUCCCCACUGAAGUGCAUAACGUGACGAUGGAGAUAAUGAAAAUCAAGCCCCAUCAUGGGGAACAUUUAAGACUGAUGCACUUUGUCCAGCACAGUAAAUGUACCUGCAGACCAAAGAAAGAAGGUGAAGAGACGCAAAAAAGCAAGCAGAAGAGAGGGAAAGGCAAGGGUCAGACUCGGAGGAAAAAGAAAUGCAGAGUGAAAGAGUGCAGGCCGUGCGAAAAACCCAGGAGAUGAGCAAUGUCCGACAUGAAAAGCAACUUCUAUCAGAGACUGUUAACCGUUAUCAUCUUCUUUUAAAAAAACAUCCUGUUUUUUUCUUCGUUGAACAAGAAAACAUAAAAAUGAAGACUAAGGAGCACAG